GAAGAACAAGCUAACAUUGGGUUGUGCUAACGUAUCUCUGGCUGUGUUUAUACAUUUUCUGUGGAGACAGGAUGGCUGAGAAGAAGCUUCACGGAGACUUUAGUAGAAACAUACUGAACUGAGGUCCCUGCUCGGGAUAUAGAAGCUCCAGACUUCACGAGGGAGGAUAUGAUAUAGCAGUAAUGGGUCCAAGGAAGAAGUCUAAUAAAUUCCACGCUUUGGUGGGCAGCAGUGGAGAAGAUCUUGUCCAAAGACUCAGUGAGCCCAAAGACUACAUCAAUGAGCUGUCCCAUGAAGUCCUCUGCCAUAUAUUCAGGUACCUGCCCAUGAAGGACAUCAUGUGUAUGGAAUGUUUAUCUAGAAAGCUUCGAGAAGCAGUAACUCUGUACCUGCGAGUGGUCAAGGUGGUGGACCUGUGUGCUGGUCACUGGUGGGAGUAUAUGCCUUCAGGCUUUACAGAUAGCAGCUUUUUGCUCCUUUUGAAGAAGAUGCCAGAUCUGGAGCAGCUGUAUGGUCUCCACCCACGAUACCUGGAAAGGAGACGAAUCCGUGGUUUUGAGGCGUUCAGUAUUCCAGGAGUCCUGGAGGCUCUGCAAGCCUGCCCAAAUCUGCUGGGCGUGGAGACUUCCCACCUGGAACUGGUGGAAGCCAUUUGGAACUAUAUGCCCCAGGUUCACAUUCUCGGAAAGUUCCGCAACCGUAACGGAGCUUUUCCCAUUCCCGCUGAGAACAAACUCACCAUCCCCAUAAAUGCCAAGAUCCAGACCCUCCAUCUGGUGGGUGUGAAUGUUCCCGAGAUCCCCUGUGUGUCCAUGCUACGGCACCUUUACCUGAAGUGGGUCCGCCUUACCAAACCACAGCCGUUUAAGGACUUUCUGUGUGUGAGCCUAAGGACCUUUGUUAUGCGCAACUGUGCAGGGCCGACCAACUCUCUCAAAUACGUUCCCCUGAUUACUGGCUUGGCUUCAGCCCGGAACCUCGAGCAGCUGGAGCUGGUACGAGUUCCCUUCUUGGGAGGGCUGAUCCAGCACGUGGUGGAGGACAGCUGGAGAUCAGGAGGAUUUCGGAACCUCCACACCAUUGCGUUUGGAGCCUGUAAGAAUGCCCUGGAGGUGGACUUGGGCUACCUCAUCAUAACUGCUGCUCGCAGGCUUCACGAGCUGCGUAUCCAGCCUUCACUGACGAAAGAUGGAGUCUUCUCAGCUCUCAAGAUGGCUGAACUGGAGUUUCCCCAGUUUGAGACUCUUCAUCUGGGUUAUGUGGAUGAGUUUCUGCUGCAGUGUAAAAUGAGCCAUUCGGAGCUGGUGAAAUACGGGCUGGCGGAUGUUAUCGAGAACCCAGGAAUCAUCACUGAUAUUGGGAUAAAGGUGGUGAAUGAGGUGUUCACCAAUAUUAAAUACCUGCUAAUCUACAACUGUCCUCACCUCCACAACCCUCACCACUGGAUUACCGAUCAGUCCAGAUGGAGCCGUCUGGUUGAUCUCACUCUGGUUCGCUGUCACGCCAUCAAACUGGAGUCUUUUUCCCAGUUUGUAGAGUUGCUGCCCAGUCUGGAGUUUAUCUGUCUGGACCAAAUGUUUCGAGAACCACCCAAGGGCUGUGCCAGGGUGGGUCUGAGUGCAGGAACUGGGAUCGGUGUGUCCUCAGCACUGGUCAGCAACCAGAACUCAAACAAUGACAAUGAAGACCACCAUCACCACAAUGAGCCAAACAUGCCUCCCCCACCCAUCAACAACAUAAACAACCAACGGCGGCGGCAGCAGCAACACGAUGCACCAGCAGAAGUAAAUGGAAUGGAGGAAGAAGAUGAAGAGGAUGAAGACGAGGAGGAGAACAUGGACGCUGAGCCUCAGAUCGAGUUGAAAGAAGCAGAGGUUGAAGGAGGCGACGUGGCUCCGGGGCCCAGUCACCAGGCUACAGCAUCACAGCCACCUGAUGAGGAACAAGCAGGUCCCAGUGGUUUAGUCCAGCAGUGCAGAUCAGGUUGUGCCAACGUGCCCAAACCUUCACAGGUCAUCUCGGACUCGGACAGCGAGGAAGAGGAAGGCCUUGUUUCCAGGUUAAUGCCACCUUCAUGUUUGGAGCAGCCGGCCUCAUGUACAAAAGGUAAAGGAAAGACUCCGCUGAGGAGGGGCAACAAUGUGGCUAUAUCCAUGGCAGUCGCUGAUCAGCCAAAGACUCGUGCUGCAGAGAACAGCUGUGAGAAGAGCUGCCAGGUGACCAGUGAACAGAUUAAGGCAGAUAUGAAGGCUGCUACUGAGAGCAGCAGGAGGAGCAGCAGUAAAGGAAUUACUACUGAGGCUGUGGAGGCCACGACAAGACCAGGAGCCAGCGGGACAUCAGAGGAUACUCCAGCAUCAAGGACUGGAGUAAGGACAAUGACCGGCUCAUUGGUCAGAGUUGGACCUGCAGGAGCCACAUCGGGCCAUGCGGGUGGAUGUAGGAGGGUGGUGAUGGAUGCCACCCAUGGAACAGCCCCUGACAGAGCUGCAGGAAGUGCCAGAGAGGGCGCAGAGCGACCCUCUGUCCCUCUGAGUUCUGGUCCUGCCAAUGUGGACAGAGUGGAGCCCAGAGGUGGUGCUGUAAAUAAUGAUCCUAGGAGACCAGGACCUCAGACUUCUCAGGGGAAGAGGCAGCCUUCCUCUGCUGUGACCUCAGGAUCACAGCAGGAGAACUUUGUUCCAAGGCGACCCUUAACCCGAUCUUGCACCCGCACGUCCUCUGUGUCGUUGGUCUCAGAGACAGAUCUUUCCAGAGCCAGGCCUCGAAUGGCAGUGAGGAGGAAACGAAUGGCUGACAAAUCAACCAGCACUUCAGACCCUGUCACUGAGGACGACCAUGUGCAGAUUUUGUCUCUGAAGAGCAAGAACCUGGUGGGAAUCACUCUGACCAACUGUGGAAUCACUGACCUGGUCCUUAAAGACUGCCCCAAAAUGAUGUUCAUUCACGCUACCAGAUGCCGCGUGUUAAAGCACCUGAGAGUGGAAAGUGCCCCCAUAGUAAACAGAUUUGACUACGCUCAGUGUAAGAAGCUAGACAUGGAACAGGUCCUGGAUCAGAUCCUGAGAAUGCCCCCCGAGAGGAAUCGCAUAAUCUACAUGCGUCCUAUGCAUCAGAUUGACUCAGUAGCAUUGGAGCGCCAGCUGUUCCAGGGGCCUUAUCCUUAUCACAUCGCUAUAGUGCACGAAUUCAGCAACCCGCCAAAUAUACGCAACAAAGUUCGCAUUCGCAGUUGGAUGGACACCAUAGCUAACAUCAGCCAAGAGCUAAUAAAGUACGAGUUCUUCCCAGAAGCCACCAGGACAGAAGAGGAUGUGAAAAAGUUUCCCAGAUACCCCUGGGGUCGAGACAUCUACACACUGGAGGGAUUGGUGGAUGGUGCGCCCUACAGCAUGAUAACAGAUUUCCCUUGGCUCAGGACUCUGAGAGCAGCGGAUCCUAACGGCUAUUCCCGCUAUGACUUUGAAGAUGAUGAAAGCACCACCAUCUACGCCCCACGGCGUAAAGGACAGCUGUCAGCUGACAUCUGCAUGGAGACCAUUGGGGAAGAGAUCUCGGAGCGCCGACAGAGCAAAAGAGGAGUGUUUCAGAGAGUAGUGGUCCUCUUCCUUCAUCACUGUGAUACUCCAGGCGAACCCGUGGAUGACGACUACAUCUAGAAACCAAAGACCGAGAACCAGAAGGAUGUCAGCCUUGACACUCGAGCUUCUGACUGAAAACACUUGGUUUUAUUAAAAAAUGAGAAAGUUGGUUACCUGUUGAAAGCUGCAGGUCAGCACUGACAUGCACAUAAUAUUUAAUGACUCUUCAGUAGCGUUACGGAGGAAUAGCAGAGUCUAAGGCUGCUCACAAGGGGGCGCUAAUGAACUGGACAGCGAAACAGUCGCGUGGACACACUGGGGAGAGGGUGAUGAUGUUUCAUUUGGCUCACACUGAAGGCUGACUCUUUUUCAAUUCUUUGAAAAAAUACAAGAACAUACCUUUAAUCUUGAGUUUAUUUGGGGGAUUUGAUCGAUAUCUCGUGCUGGCUUUCUCUUUUUUAUCAUACACAAAUCUGAACAUAUGGUAACUCAUUAAUUCUAAGAGUAAAUAAAAAAGGGUCUAACAUAUAACAUUGUUGAUUUUGUUCCAAAUAAAGGCUUGAGUCCUUCUGCCUUCGCUGACAGCAUUGUUUGCACGACUGGAGUUUUCUGUCACACUGCAGUUAGGAAGCGUUCCUCAGUGUCGCUCUGGGUGCUGGAGUGUUUGUCGUGAGUUUGUCUCAUCAGAAAACAGAAUAAACAGAAAAAGAAUAAACGGAGAAAACAAAGGCCUGUUUGUUGCUGCAGGAUAUUUAAAACAACUAUUAAUGGUUGACCGUCACUCAU